UAAACAUUUUUAAUAUAUCUUGGUUCAUUCUUUGAAUUACGUACAGGUCAUCAUUGGAUUUUGGUGGAUGUUCUCUAUACUAAUCACAAUGGCCUAUCGCUCGUCCCUGAUAGCUCACCUCUCGGUCCCUGAGAAGUCUCCUACCAUAGACACACUGGAGCAGUUACUCCAGGCAGAUCGAUACACGUGGGGCAUGGAGGAGACGUAUGGCAUUGGCUGGGAAUGGUUUAAGGAAAGCACAAUCCCAACAGUUCAAAAAGUCAAUGAGCAGAUCCUGCCUUUGACCCCUAAAGAGCACUUGACAAGAGUUCUGAAAGGUCACCAUGCCUUCUUGACUUGGAAGUACUACAUCAAGGCUAUCAUUCUAUCUUCGUACACUGACUCUCGAGGCUACACCCCACUCCACACAGGCCAAGCAGAGUAUAUCAACUAUGGUGGAUACGGCUGGGGCUUCAGAAAGGGCGCUCCCUUCCGUCGAAGGAUAGACAAGGUGAAAUUACGACUGAUUGAAAGCGGACUCAUCAAUUACUGGAUUGACGAUCUCAUUCUUACGUCAUCAAGAAAAGCAAGGAAGAAUAACCUCAAGAAAUGGACCUUACCACAGGUAGAGGAAGGCAAUGGUGGAGAAGUAGUGCUCAGUUUGCUACAUUUGCAAGGAACUUUCUAUGUGUUAUCCCUGGGUUUCUGUUUGGCCUUCAUAGUCCUGAUAGCGGAGAAUCUAACAGUGCACAUGAAAUGAAGAUGUCACAAACGACACUACCAAUAGUCAAGAUCAGCCUCUUGGACUUCAUUAUGCAAAGUAUAUAUCACACAAUAAAGCAAUGAUAAACCCAGCUGAGUGUCACACUUCUUUGCAUUUAGCUAUAAGACCAAAAACUAGUCUCGUGCAGCAUUUAAAUUAUUCUAUAAAAAAAAGUAUCAUGAGAAGCUGAGUGUGUUUAAAUACCGAUCAUGUAGAACUUUAAGAAAUGUGCCUUUAAAAAUUUUGAAAGUGUCUGCACAACAAUAC